UCGGUGCCCUUGUUAUAUGCGCUUUGUCCAUGACGUCAAAUGCAAAUGUAGUUCCAUUGGCGGCUGUACGUUUUUCUCCACUUUUGUAUUCCGCUGUCGCUUAUGGACCUGGCAUUGUUCCUGUUAAUGCUCCUUCCGCUUUACCAUCUGGAACUCAUAUCUACAAUGCUCCUCUAAUUGUGCCAGUUGGUUUGAAGACUGAAGCAACCUACACCGCAAAGACUCUUGGUUCUGAACAUGUGGCAUCACUUCCAGGACACUUAAACUCAGCUUCUUCAAUCAACUUGGAACAAGCACCAGGAUCCAAGGAUUCAAGCUCCCUUCCAUCAUCAGUAGCCAUCCAUGGAUCACCAAUUCCAGCAGCACUUCCUCUUAGCAUUUCUCCACUUUUUAUUCAAGCACCACUUCUUGUACCAACAGAAGCUAAAUAUGUUGCCAAGAAUCUUGGAGUUGAGCAUGUGGCUCCACUUCCAGGUCACACUGUUUCAGCUACUUCCUUGAACUUGCAACCAGCUCCAGGAUCAAAAUAAUUUUAUUAAAAAAUAUCAAAAGAAGACUUACAAUUUUCAAUAAAGACAAGA